GAGGGAGGGAAGGAAAAGGGAGAGGACGGUGGCCGGCGGGGCUCAGCCGGCGCCGGAAAGCGAAAUAUCAAGACCGUCAUGGCGGCGCACCUGAAGAAACGGGUGUACGAAGAGUUCAGCAAAGUGGUCGUCCAGCAACAGCAGCAUGAGGAAAUUUCAGCGAAGAAACUCCGACUGACCAAACCAAGUAAGUCGGCUGCACUCCAUGUGGAUCUGUGCAAGGCAACUUCACCAGCGGAUGCUUUGCAGUACCUCCUUCAGUUUGCUCGGAAGCCAGUGGAAGCCGAAAGUGUGGAAGGAGUGGUCAGAAUCUUGCUGGAGCAUUAUUACAAGGAGAACGAUCCUUCUGUGAGGUUGAAGGUUGCUUCCUUGCUGGGUUUGCUGACAAAGACUCCAGGCUUUUCUCCUGACUGCAUUCUGGACGAUGCCGUCAACACACUCCAAAAUGAGAAGUCCCACCAAGUUCUUGCUCAGCUGCUGGAUACCUUGCUGGUGAUUGGAAAGAAGCUCCAAGAAAGCCCUGCGGUGAGGAUUCGCCUGGUGGAUGUUGCCUGCAAGCAUCUGACUGAUUCCUCCCACGGGGUAAGGACCAAGUGCCUCCUCCUGAUUGGCUACCUUGGGACUGUGGAAAAAGGCACCUCGAAAGAGGUCGAAGGCCAGCCUCCCAAAGACGUCCAGAAGAUCAUCGGGGAUCACUUCAGUGACCAGGAUCCUCGGGUUAGAACUGCGGCUAUAAAAGCAAUGUUGCAGCUGCAUGAAAGGGGAUUAAAGUUGCAGCAAACCAUUUAUAGCCAGGCAUGCAAACUCUUAACCGACGACUACGAACAGGUCCGCAGUGCUGCGGUUCAGCUUACCUGGGUCCUCAGUCAGCUUUAUCCAGAAAGCAUUGUCCCAAUCCCUUCCUCCAACGAAGAAAUCCGCCUAGUGGAUGAUGCAUUUGGGAAGAUUUGUCACAUGGUCAGUGACGGCUCCUGGGUGGUGAGAGUACAAGCUGCUAAACUCUUGGGCUCCAUGCAGCAAGUUAGUUCUCACUUCUUAGAACAGACCCUGGACAAGAAGCUGAUGUCAGACCUGAGGCGGAAACGCACAGCCCACGAACGAGCCAAAGAGCUUUUCAGCUCCGGGGAGUUCUCAAGCGGCAGAAAAUGGGGUGACGACGCUCCCAAAGAAGAAGUAGACACUGGAGCUGUGAACCUAAUUGAGUCGGGUGCCUGUGGGGCGUUUGUCCAUGGGCUGGAAGACGAGAUGUACGAGGUCCGCAUUGCCGCGGUCGAGGCCCUCUGCAUGCUGGCCCAGUCCUCGCCCUCUUUUGCAGAGAAGUGCCUCGAUUUCCUGGUUGACAUGUUCAACGACGAGAUCGAGGAAGUGAGGCUCCAGUCGAUCCAUACCAUGAGGAAGAUCUCCAACAACAUCACUCUCCGGGAGGACCAGCUGGACACCGUCCUCGGCGUCUUGGAGGAUUCUUCCCGAGACAUCCGGGAGGCUCUCCACGAGCUGCUGUGUUGCACCAACGUCUCGACGAAAGAAGGCAUCCAUCUUGCCCUGGUGGAGCUCCUGAAAAACCUCACCAAGUAUCCUACCGAUAGGGAUUCCAUCUGGAAGUGCUUGAAGUUCCUGGGAGGUAGACAUCCUACUUUGGUGCUUCCACUUGUUCCUGAACUUCUAGGGACACAUCCUUUCUUUGACACCCCGGAGCCUGACAUGGAUGACCCAGCUUACAUUGCGGUCCUGGUUCUCAUUUUCAACGCUGCCAAAUCGUGCCCAACAAUGCCGGCGCUGUUUUCGGAUCACACCUUUAGGCACUACGCUUACCUUCGGGACAGUCUCUCUCACCUCGUCCCUCCCUUGCGGUUGCCUGGGAAAAAGCUGGCGUCCUCACCUGUGUCGGCCGGCCUCGCGCUCCAGGAAGACCCUUCCCAGGAAUUCCUACAGCAGAGCCUUGAAAGAGUUUUCAACCUUCAGCACCUAGACCCACAGGGCACCCAGGAGCUGCUUGAAUUCACAAUUCGGGACCUUCAGAGGUUUGGAGAGCUCCAGUCCGACUUGGCUGGGGUGGCUGACUUCUCGGCCACUUACCUUCGAUGCCAGCUGCUUCUCAUUAAGGCUCUCCAGGAGAAACUGUGGAAUGUCGCAGCCCCGCUGUACGUGAAGCAGAACGCCCUGGCAGCAACCGCUGCAAAACAGAUUAUGGAAGAAACGUACAAGAUGGAGUUCAUGUACAGCGGCGUUGAACACAAGCAAGUGGUCAUCAUCCACCACAUGCGGCUGCAGGCGAAAGCCUUGCAGCUGAUAGUCACGGUGCGGACUACGAGAGGAGUGGAACCUCUCUUUGGAAUGUGCGAGAAGUUUUUGCAGGAGGUGGACUCUUUUCAGAGAUGUUUCAUUUCUGAGCUCCCUCAUAUGCAAGACAGUUUUGUGGACAAACUCCUGGACCUGAUGCCCAGACUAGUGACGUCAAAGCCUUCCGAAGUCGUCAAGAUCCUGCAGGCAACGUUGCGGCAGAGUUGCUUCCUUUGCCUUCCUCUCCCUGAGAAUAUCCACCGAGCGACUGCCACCAUCAUUGAGCCGGCAGGAGAAUCGGACAACCCCUUGCGCUUCACGUCAGGAUUAGUGGUUGCGCUUGACGUCGAUGCAACUCUGGAACACGUGCAGGAUCCUCAAGGCACUGUUAAAGUUCAGGUUGUAUACCCUGAUGGCCAGGCACAGCUCAUCCAUCCUAAACCGGCAGACUUUCGAAACCCCGCUCCCGGAAGGCACCGAUUAAUUACUCAGGUUUACCUCUCUCACACUGCCUGGACAGAGCCCUGUCAGAUCGAAGUGCGGCUGUUGCUGGCGUAUGGUUCGGAUCGAAACAAAACAUCCGCGAGGCUCUCGCGCACCACCUGGGGAGACAGUCUGGAUCUGCCCCCCCAGGCCGAGAAUGGCAUCGAAGGAACCAUCCCUUUCAGCAAGCCGGUCAAAGUUUACAUCAUGCCCAAGCCAGCCAGGCGGUGAUGGCUGCCUUUUAAGGACCCUUUUUUUAUUGAUACGAUUCCUGCGGGAGAUCUGAGACCUUUCUAAGCUCGGUUGGCACAUGCACACGGAAGAUCAAGUUGGGACUGCGGUUCAAGGGGAGGAAAUCACCCUUAAAAUUGAGCAGUUUUGUCUUGAAAUGUUUCCUGGCUGGCAGAAAUUGAGACGCCCCCGGAUUGAAUCGACCCACCAAACUUGCUUCCCAUCUGACUGGUCGUCAGAGCUGCUGCGAAUACACAGAAGGCUUUCUGGGUGCCCCAGUGUUGCUAAGGGGUUUGUGAGAAGCGUCCUCAGCCAUGCCAAGGACUCUUCCACACUUUCCAAUACUCACAGAGGCCACAGGCUGGCCUCCGAUUGAGGAGGAAACACAUGGCUGGCAGGAUGUUGUGGGCAGUGGUUCAGCAACAGCCAAGGGCUCCUGGCAUCCUCCAUUGAGAAAAGUCCCAGAGCCGAUUAUUUCUCUGUGCCUGCUGUAUAUAUAUAUAUUAAAUUGGGAAGGGACAGUUCUUUUCCUAUGAGCUGAUAA